GUUCGUUCAGUCACUUGAACAGCAACACCAUGCAGAUCCAGGCUCUGUUCAAGAAGACCGGCGCUAGCGCCCCCGCCAAGAAGGGCACUGCCUCCACCAAGGUGGUCAAGCCCUCCAAGGCCGGCGGCAAGGCCACCCGCGGCUGGCUGGGCGGCCAGGGCGGCGCUGCCGACCUGGACAAGUGGUACGGCCCCGACCGCAAGCUGUUCCUGCCCAGCGGCCUGUACGACCGCUCGGAGAUCCCCGAGUACCUGAACGGCGAGCUGGCUGGCGACUACGGCUAUGACCCUCUGGGCCUGGGCAAGGACCCCGAGACCGUGGCCAAGUACCGCGAGAACGAGCUGCUGCACGCCCGCUGGGCCAUGCUUGCCGCUGCCGGUAUCCUGAUCCCCGAGGGCCUGCAGGCCAACGGUGCCAACAUCAAGGGUGGCACCUGGUUCGAGACCGGCGCUGAGAUGCUCAACGGCGGUACCCUGAACUACUUCGCCGUGCCUUGGGGCAUUGUGUCCAACCCCCUGCCCCUGUUCGCCGUCAUCGCCGUUGAGGUCGGCCUGAUGGGCGCCGUGGAGUUCUACCGCCGCAACGGCACCGGCCCCGCCGGCUACUCCCCGGGCAUUGGCAAGUUCGACUCGUCGGUCUUCGACGGCCUGGACCCCCUGUACCCCGGCGGCCCCUUCGACCCCCUGGGCCUGGCUGACGACCCCGAGGUCCUGCAGGAGCUGAAGGUCAAGGAGAUCAAGAACGGCCGCCUGGCCAUGGUCUCCGUGCUGGGCUUCGCCGUCCAGUCCUACGUGACCGGCGAGGGCCCCUACGCCAACUGGACCAAGCACGUGGCCGACCCCUUCGGCUACAACCUGCUGACCGUCCUGGGCGCCGAGGAGCGCACCCCCACCCUGUAAAUGCCUUUUCCAGCUACAGCCUGAGUCAUUGUGAUGAAAUGCGUAGAGGAGAGGAGCGGGGAGGAGUUGGCGGCGGCGGAGGUUGGGCGGCGGCAGCCUGCGGCUAGGGCUCCGCCCUGUUGUGCGGCGGGCGACUCGCGGCGGCGGCUGGGAACAUUCGUGCUGCGGUGCGCGUGUUGUGAGGCUUGCUGUCGAUUAAAUUGGGCGCGUGCCCCUGCAGGGACAUCCCGGGUGGUGUAGGUCUGCAGAGGGUACGGAUGGGUGGCGACGGUGCUUGGGCCGGAUUGAGGGUUGGGUAAAGGCCUGCGAAGCUUCAGUCGACGCGAUUGUGGUGAGGGGGCUGGUGGUGGAUCCCGCUUGUGGCGGUUAUGCCCGGGCGCCAGUUUUGAUACCGAGGGGGGACGUUGCACCGCUAGGGGCGUUAGCACGUGCCGGCGGGCAAUUCCUCUUUUUGUCUUUGAUGACGAGGAUGUGAGUGGUGAAUGCUUCUCCAUGCUUGCGCAUCGCAUGCGCCAGCAUAUAGAUAGAUAAAAAGUUGCACGACUGCGAGCGGUGGCGCAGCCCGUGCAAUUGAGUAACGGUGCUGGCACAUGGAAAGUGUCCAUAUGUUCUUUGAUUGCCGCGUGACCCCGCCACCGGUGAUUCUUGCAAGCGCCUUAUCCGGGCGCACAUUCUGUAAUUUCUGAGCCAG